AAGUAUUAAGUGUGCAUCGGCUACAUUGGGUCCUGCAUCAGCAUUUUUAAGAUUGUAAAAACGAAACUAAAUUGUGCACGAGCGUUGGAUUGCGGUCCGCGGUAGUAUAAGGGUGUACCAGCCGACUUAAUUCGCAUUCGGAGUAUUAAAACGCGCACCAGGAGUAUUAAAGCGGUACACGGUCGGAGCGCAUCAAGCGAAGGGCACACUGGGGCCAUCAGCAAGAUCCUGUGGAGUGGCGCGUAGACCAAGAAGGCGUACGGAGUAUCAAGCAAACAAGCGAGAGGAGAUUUGGUAAGUGCUUAUGAGAGAUUGAUUUGGGUAUGGGGCUCGUUAGUCGGUUAGUAGGUCCAUAAGUAGGCAAAACCACGUAACCUCCAAAAAAUUAAAAAGGCGGGAAAAGCACCGCGUAGCCAUUUUUUCUUUAUUGAAACACGCGCCGAGCAACCAUUUUUAAAUAUGCCAGUAACACGUUCGGGCACAAGUACGGAUAAUAGUGCGAGAGAAGGAGACGGCGAUAACUACGACGAACUUGAAGCAACCGUAGUCGAGCAGAUUCCAACGAAUCAAACCGUGCAGCCGUCGGUAGAAACAAGACUAGCGGAAAUUUUGCAGCAGGUUCAAAACCUACAGGAGGAACUGAGACAGACUAGGCAGGUGCAAGCAAACACGGUCGGCGCAGGGGAUAGCUAUGGAAUUAUUACAGCUGCCUCCAGUGAAACGGGCCGCUCUCAAACCAUAUUGCCGGAAUUCGACGGCCGUCCAGAGGACUGGCCAAUGUUUAAGGAAACAUUCAUAAUGACUACAACGGAGUACCAGUACAGUGACACGCAGAACAUGAUGCGCUUACAGAAAGCAAUCAAAGGCAAAGCAAGGGAGACGAUCGAGUGUUUACUAAUACACAGCAGAAACGUGAAGCAAAUCAUCAAAACUUUAGAAGAACGCUAUGGGAAGCCGGAGCUGCUGGUGAAGAGUCAAUUAAAGAAGAUACGAAGUGUGGCACCAAUCUCCGAAAAUCAUAUCGACCAGUCAGUGAUGUUCGCGACGAAGGUUCAAAAUUUAUCCUCCUUUCUUCAGGCUGCUGAUUGUGAGUAUCAUUUGUCAAACCCUACGUUGAUGGAAGAGUUGCUGAUUAAACUGCCUAUGCAAAGGCGUAUUGAGUGGGCACGACAUGCCUCUACGAUUGUACCGCGACCAACGAUAUGCCACUUUAGCGACUGGCUACAAGAAUUAUCCAAAAUUGUGAAUUCAGCCUGUGUGUACUCGAGCUUGGAACCGCGCCAACCAAGAACAGAAGGGCGCCCAAGAGGGCUGCCGAGUGCCCUCAAUCCUGCGGACUUUGGGACACGCCCUAGAGAUCGUAAGCGCGAAUCUUUUUGGUUAACCGGACCGAAAUUCCUCAAAGAAGAAGAUAAAAAACUGGCCACCGAACGUAAUAUGCGACGGUACCAAUGUGGAACUUCGAAAUAA